AUGGCCUUAAAUUUAAAAGACAAAAAAUCGCUCUCCCAACAAAUUCUUCCUGAAGUUGAUUUUAAUGUUACGCCUACAGGAAUUACUAUUUCUGCCUCUGACCGCUUAUCUAAUCCGAGAUUUAUUCCUUUUAAUCAUCCAGGCCGUUGCCGUGAAUGUAAAUCAACAGAGGUAGAAAUUGAUUUUAUAGUUACAAAAGAAGGUGUCACCAUCUUCUGUAACCGUGUUAAGGGAAAUCAAUUCGUACCCUUCGAUACUAUUUAUGAACUUCCAGGUCAUUGUUUUUUCAAAAUUAAAAAUAAGGCGCGAGUUGUUAAUAUAAAUCAUAGUACUCCUGUAUCAACUCCUAUUGAUCAUUUCCUUAGUCAAAAUCAUGUUGAAAAAUCAAAAGAAAUUUUUCCUUUAGAAAUACAGGUGAAAACUGAGGAACCAGCAAUAGAAGAGGUAAAUGAAGAAAAUAGAAAGAGACGAAGUACAAGUGAGCCUUUGAUUGAAGAAAUUCCAAUUCACUCACCAACUUUAGCACAAAAUUUAAAAGAUAUUAUUUACCCCACUUCUGUUUAA